AUGGUGCUCCCCUGCGCCCGCAACGGCGGUGGCGGCAGCGGCCGGCUGGUGGCCGAGGAGCCCCGCGGCCGCAGCAACUCCAUCCCUCCGGCGCAGACCCCCACCGCCAAGCACAUGCUGGCUUACCUGCCCCGGCCGCCCACCGACACCAGCCGGUACGGCACCUUCCCCCAGAAGCCCGAACUCCCGGCCGCCGCCAGGGCUCUGGCGGAGGACGGCUGGCAGCAAGCCGGUGCCGCCGCUGCCAAGAGAAGCGCCCUGAUGCCAAACGACCCGUCCCCACCCCGCCACGGCGGCAUCGUCCCCGGCGAGCCGUCCCUUCCGCCGAGCCGCGGCAGCGUGGCUGCCCAGCACCGUCCCGGCGAUCCGUCCUGGUGCCCGUCGGCUGCCCCGCGGGAGGCGGGCGCCCGCCGGUACCCGCUGCACGCGCUGAGCGUGCCCAACAUCCCCAGCUCGGCGCGCGGCAAGGCCCCCGCCCGCAGCGCCGCCGCCGCCGCCGCCGCCACCACCGCAGCCAUCCCUACCCCGGAGGGGCUGCCGAGCCGGUGCCGCAAGCUGCUGGAGGAGGACGGCCCCGUGGUCCAGGCCAGCAAGCGGCAGCGGCAGCGCUACGUGACGAAGGUGGGCAAGUGCCAGGUGAACCUGGGCAACAUCCAGGAGAAGAAGCGGUUCCUCUCGGACAUCUUCACCACCAUCGUGGACCUCAAGUACCGCUGGUUCCUCUUCGUCUUCAUGAUGUGCUACAUCGUCACCUGGGUGGUCUUCGGCACCGUCUACUUCUUCGACGCCUGGGCGCGGGGCGACGUCGGGCACCGGGGCGAUCCCGAGUGGCGGGCGUGCAUCGAGAACGUGGACGGCUUCGUCUCCGCCUUGCUCUUCUCAGUGGAAAGCCAGCGGACCAUCGGCUACGGCUCCCGGAUGGUGACGGCCAACUGCGCCGAGGGCGUCAUCCUGCUGAUGGCGCAGUCCAUCGUCGGCUCCAUGAUCGACGCCCUGAUGGUGGGCUGCAUGUUCGUCAAGAUCUCCCGGCCCAAGAAGCGCGCCCAGACCCUCAUCUUCAGCAAGAACUGCGUUGUCUCCCGCCGGGACGAGAAGCUCUGCCUGAUGUUUCGCGUCGGGGACCUGCGGGACAGCCACAUGGUGGAUGCCAAGAUCCGGGCCAAGCUGAUCAAGUCCCGGCAGACGGCCGAGGGGGAGUUCAUCCCCCUGGAGCAGUCGGAGCUGAACCUGGGCUACGACACGGGGGAGGACCGCCUGUUCCUGGUGGAGCCCCAGAUCAUCUGCCACGUCAUCAACCGCCGCAGCCCCUUCUGGGACAUGUCGGCCGAGUCGCUGCGCCGGGAGCAGUUCGAAAUCAUCAUCAUCCUCGAGGGCAUCGUGGAAGCCACAGGAAUGACGUGCCAAGCCCGCACCUCGUACACGGAGGACGAGAUCCUCUGGGGGUACCGCUUCGAGCCCUGCAUGUCCCUGGAGAAGGGCGCCUUCCGGGUGGACUACAGCCGCUUCGAGAUGACCUUCGAGGUGCAGACCCCGGCGGCCAGCGCCAAGGAGCUGCAGGAGCUGAAGGAGCUGGAGCAGCAGGAGCACUCCACGCUCAGCCUCUACUGGGACCACCUUCCGCAGCCCUGCGCCCCGCCGGGGACCGGUGAAGAUGCUCUCACCGGGCUGAGCGUCCCCGAGGGCAGCCGGGGCGAGCCGCCGGAGCGGGGGGCCGCCGCCUCCUGA